AUCAGUAGUAGUUCAGCUCAUUCUCCCGUUGUUUACGGUCUCUCUUUCUUCUUCACACAUCCUCUCCCCCCACCCUCUCUCCCCCUUCCUCUCUGGCAGACACCAUAACGACUCGGUACGAUCUGCCUCGGUUGACUCACGGCGCCUCACGGCGCCGCCGCCUCCCGUCCUCAGCUCAGCUCCGUUGCUCCACAAGCCGCUCGUAGCUUCUGUCGAUUGAGGUCGGGAUUGGGUAUUUAACGAUCCGUGAUUCUUCGUCGGAGAACCUUGAGCUGAUCUGGAGUUUGGUUGAUUCUAGCUCUUGAGUCCAUGAGGAAGACUACUGUGAGCAGCAGUAGCUGUUACGGUUCAGUUCUGAUCUUUGUCUGCCUCUUCGUUUCGAUUCGUGUCUAUGCCGGUGAUUAUGUUCCCACUGAUAAGUACCUGCUGAAUUGUGGGGCGAAUUCGAAGGCUACCGAUUCCGGUGGCCGUGAAUGGACACCAGAUAACAAUUCCAAGUUCUUGUUGGCCACGGCUGAAUCGACCACUGCAGAGGCUUCCGAGCAGGCCUCGUCGGUCGACACAGUCCCCUUCAUGACAGCAAGGCUUUUCCACUCUGAUUUCACCUACAGCAUCCCACUGUCUCCGGGCCAUAAGUUCAUCCGGCUGUAUUUCUAUCCCUCCACGUACAACAACCUCAAUGCAACCAAUGCGAUAUUCUCCGUCACCACCGGACGAUAUACCCUUCUCAAGAAUUUCAGCGCCGCCCAGACGACCGAGGCUCUUAACUAUGCCUAUGUGCUUAAGGAGUAUUCCUUGAACGUGGUGGGUGAUACCUUGAACAUCACUUUCAGCCCCUCAAAGAAAUAUCCCAACACGUUCGCGUUCGUGAACGGGAUUGAGAUCGUCUCGAUGCCUGAUAUUUAUAACACUGUUGAUGGGCAAACCAUGAUUGUGGGUACUCAGACUCCAUUCAUUGUUGAUAACACCACGGCUCUCGAGCAUGUUUACCGCUUGAAUGUUGGAGGGAGUCUGAUCUCGCCCUCACGUGACACGGGACUGUACAGAUCGUGGUACGAUGACUCUCCAUACAUCUAUGGAGCAGCCAUUGGUGUUACAGAGACUGCUGGCCCCAACAUGUCAAUUAAGUACCCUACAAAAAUGCCUACUUAUGUUGCACCAGUGGAGGUCUACCAAACUGCACGAUCUAUGGGGCCAAAUGCGAGCGUCAACUUGCAGUACAACUUGACUUGGAUCUUCUCGAUUGACUCUGGGUUCUCCUAUAUGGUUCGGCUGCAUUUCUGUGAGAUUGCUGACAACAUCACGAAAAUAAACCAGAGGAUGUUCGAGAUCUUCAUUUACAAUCAAACUGCUGAGACCGAAGCGGAUGCAGCGGGAUGGGUCGGGGGCAAUGGGAUACCGGUUUAUAAGGAUUAUGUGGUAUUUGUUCCGACUGGGGUUCCACAGCAGGAUCUGUGGCUUGCACUUCAUCCACAGACAUCUCUGAAGUCUGAGUAUUAUGAUGCGAUUUUGAAUGGAGUGGAGAUAUUCAAGAUAAGCGAUGUCAAUGGGAAUCUUGCAGGGCCUAAUCCUAUUCCAGCUCCAAAGCAAGCAAUCAUCGAUCCCACAGGGGUAGGAUCAUCAGGAGGAUCUGGUAAAUCGAAGAGUCAGAUAGGAAUUAUUGCAGGAGGGGUUGGUGGUGGAGUUGUUUUGGCUCUUUUAAUUGGUUUCUUUGUAGUUGGUGCUUCCCGAAGACGUAGACAGAACAAGGAUUCGAAUGCAAGUGAUGGCCCCUCAGGGUGGCUUCCCCUUUCUCUUUAUGGAAACUCACACUCUGCCGGUUCAGCAAAGACAAACACAACAGGAAGUUAUGCAUCUUCCCUUCCUUCGAAUCUUUGCCGCCAUUUCUCCUUCGCAGAGAUUAAAGCUGCCACUAACAACUUUGAUGAGGCUUUGCUCCUCGGAGUGGGAGGUUUCGGCAAGGUGUACAAGGGAGAAAUCGAUGGAGGAACGACGAAAGUCGCAAUCAAGCGUGGGAAUCCUCUCUCUGAGCAGGGCGAGCAUGAGUUCCAAACUGAGAUUGAAAUGCUCUCCAAACUCCGCCACCGUCAUCUUGUUUCUCUUAUCGGGUACUGUGAAGAGAACACCGAAAUGAUCCUUGUUUACGACUACAUGGCUCACGGAACUCUGCGUGAGCAUCUCUACAAGACACAGAAGCCCCCUCUCCCGUGGAAGCAGAGACUCGAGAUCUGCAUCGGUGCUGCACGUGGCUUGCACUAUCUCCACACAGGUGCCAAGCACACCAUCAUCCAUCGUGAUGUUAAGACGACCAACAUUCUCCUGGACGAGAAGUGGGUGGCAAAGGUUUCUGAUUUCGGUCUGUCGAAGACAGGUCCCACAUUGGACCACACCCACGUGAGCACUGUGGUGAAGGGAAGUUUUGGGUACUUGGACCCUGAGUAUUUCAGGAGGCAGCAACUGACUGACAAGUCUGAUGUUUACUCGUUUGGGGUCGUGCUCUUUGAAAUCCUCUGUGCCCGUCCAGCGCUGAACCCGGCACUGCCGAAAGAGCAAGUAAGUUUAGCAGAAUGGGCUGCUCAUUGCCACAAGAAAGGCAUUCUUGAUCAGAUCAUAGACCCCUUCCUCAAGGGCAAGAUUGCUCCCGAGUGCUUCAGGAAGUUCGCUGAGACAGCAAUGAAGUGCGUGGCUGAUCAGGGCAUUGACAGGCCUUCGAUGGGUGACGUGCUGUGGAACCUCGAGUUUGCUUUACAGCUCCAGGAGAGUGCAGAGGACAGCGGGAAGGGACUUGGUGGAAUGGAGCUCGAGGGGACUUAUGAUGGAGCCAUCAAAGGCAAGAAGGACCCCAAUGCAUCUCCAGGGUUCGACAGCAACGUCACCGACUCGAGGAGCAGCGGGCUGAGCAUGAGCAUAGGCGCCCGGAGCCUUGCGAGUGAAGACUCCGAUGGCCUCACGCCCAGCGCCGUAUUCUCCCAGAUCAUGAACCCUAAAGGGCGGUGAGAUGGAUGCGAAUGAAAUCGACCGUGUCCCAGUUCUAUUUGCUCAAUUCGGUCGAGGCGAUGUCUUAACACGGUAAGAGUUAGUUUCCUGUUAUCUUGCGCGCUCGCGAGUAAAAGUCUCUCUUUAUGAGAUUCUUCUUCCACUGUAUACGCGGUUUUCUUUCUUUCUUAUAUGAUGAUGAUUCGACCCGAUCAGUUAAAUUAUGUAAUGUGUACCACUUAAUAUACCAUUGUAUGGGAGUGUGUAAAAUAAUGCAUUUGUACUGCUAUAUUCCAAAUCCUCUUUGGUCGUUCA